CAUCAACAGAACUUGGUUCGCGGCACACGACGGCGAAUCACCGACACGAGCGGGUGUUACUUUAGUCGCGCGCGGUGAUGGCAAUUCAUGAACUCGCGUAGACAGUCGCGUUGCCGCGCGGAUGGACGACGCCGAAUCGAGUGGCAUCGAAAUCUGCUACCCACAGUGUCGAAAAAUAUUUCCGUAAUUAUAUAUUGUACCCGGUUUCGAUCCCGGUGUAACUUUUGAGCAACGCCAAAUAUCGUUAAAAUCGAAUACACUGACAUUCAAAAAUUAUCUCGGACAAAGUGCGCCGGUCCUCAAAAAGUGUUCAAAAUACUUCGUGAUACAUGAGCAACAUUGGAAUAUUUUUAUCUGCCAAGCCAAAUAUGUAACUUUCGAACAGUGGCAAAAGAUAUUUUUAUAGUCUUCAAGCCAAGUGCGUUAGUCGGUGUUUUACGCUCGAGCGAGGUGUUGGCGCGGUGUCUCAUCUGUCUCAAGUUAAAGCAAUUGACGAUACAUGUGAUUUCUAUCGGCGAACACACGCACAAGUGAGAAGUAAUUACAAAACUGCAAAUUUUUACGGCCGGAAUACACGACAAUCGAGAUUACUAAAUUAAUCUUCUAAUAUUUACAAUAUAAAAUUAUUAUCUUUCAAACAACUGCAUCGAUUAUGACUUAAUCGACCGGCUGUGAAUAUAACUAACACUAAUAAUAACUAAUUAAUUAAUUUACCAACAAAGCCAAUAUCUGGUAUACAGAAUUAGUAGUCGCCAAUUAAUUUACCAGCUUGCAACGUUGAACGAGUCCGAAAUUGUUUUUACGAUUAGAAACAAUCGAUGCGGGAACAAUUAAUUGACUAAUGCCGAUCAACCGACACGUUAAGCAACAAUCCCCAUCGACAUUUCGUCACUCGCGAGCGUCUAAAUGCGAGAUCGCGUUUAUUGAUACUAUUCUAAUCGCUGCGUCCUUGAACGCAUUGCGGAAAACGCUUUGCUUGAUGCCGUCGUCUUCUUCGCGCGUCUGGAACUUGACCGUGGCCGACUGAUCCCGACCGGGGGCCACUUGCUUCGACCAACAAACCUUAUAUCCGCGCGUUAUAUCGUCAAGAAAUUUCGGCCGCGGCUGAAAAUACAGAGCCAAGAUCAAUCGAAGCGGCGAUUAUUGAACCGAGGAAGAGUCUAAUCCGCGGAACAGUCUCCAGACGCACGACGGACGUGAUUUCUCAAGGAUCUCAAGAAUCGAGGGUGAUAGAGUCCCGACCGAUUUAAACAAUUGAACAAGUUGAUUGAACAAACUUUAUUGGUUCAAGAGGGUAAAAUCGGACCGACUUUGCCAGAAGGACAAGAGAUCAUCGACCUUCGGGCAGAGCCUCGACUCAAGUAGCACAACGUGAGAGAACUCAAAGAAACACGACUACCUUCUCUCGGCGAGAUUUCGCUUAUCGCGGUGGCACUUGAGAAGAACUAAUUUUAUGCCCUUUACGGAGAGGCGCAGAAAGCCCGCGAGACGAAAUCUCACCGGCCACUGUAAUGAUCAGCUAUCAUGGCGUGGCUGGCAGCGACGACCCUGACGAGUCUUCUGAUAUUGCUGCUGAUGACAAUCGCAGCCCCUUUCUCGCCCAUCAGGAUCAUCGCGACCACCCAAGCGCCCUUCGGCAGAGUACUGAAGGCUGUGAAACUCAACCGAGGAUACAUGGAAGUGAUUCAAGAGCAGAGAUGCUCCCACGGUCUUUUUCGAUUAACGUGCAGGUCAUUAAAAGCGUUUAUCUUCAUUCUGGAAGCGGAGUAUCACGCGAAUCGCACGGAACUCUGUUUAAAAAAGUCGCACAACUUAGGCAAGUUCAAAAUGUUGAAGAACAGCGGUAGCACGCGACAAUGGACGGAUACGAACGAGCUCAAAAGCAAUUACAUCUUCGACGAGGACGAUACGGACGUGGUUGACAUAAGAUCAUCUUUAAACAGAAGGUGUUCCGGCCAGAAACACUGUCGCUAUGAUAUAACUAUCGAUCAUCCGAGAGCAAACACCUGGGUCCCAGGUGGAAUACUAUUAAAAUACGCUUGCAUACCAGAAGCUGCGGUUAGGCGAUACUGUAACCAAGUGGUGAAGGUAACCGUCGGCGAAGGGGGUUACAUCAACACACCGGGCUAUCCUUUAUACUACCUCGGAGAGAGCACGUGCGGUUGGAUUUUCAGAACGUAUCCGGGUCAGAGGAUAGUCCUGACCUUCCACGACUUGAAUAUCCGCGAUCCGAACGCGGACGGAAGCUGCGUGGACAUCGUGAGGGUGAGGGAUCACGGCGACACUCUCUUCGAGUUUUGCGGCACCGUGGCUGGGAUUCGAGUCGUUUCCAACACAAACGAACUGACCCUCGAUUUCGUCGCUGUCACGAAACUCUUUGGCGCACGGGGUUUUUUAUUGCAAUACCAAGUGCUGGGUUGCCCGAAGGUCUCAACGCCGAACGGAAGUUACGUGUCAAACAGUACAUUGACUUCGCGAACGUUUCUAUGCAGAACCGGCAGCGUGUUUUCCGACAGCGGGGAGACGAAGAAGACACUCGAAUGCAAAAACGGCAAGUGGAACGAGAUUACUACCGAGCUACCCGCUUGCGUGGAAGCCACGUCGGCGGUGAUCCUGAAAACGGAGACCGAACACCAUCAUCUGUCGAGUCUAUCCGGGGACAAUAUCCUUGGCACGGGGGUGAGAAUAGGACGCGGCGAGGACGCAGUCGCGAGUGGCAGCAGCAGCAGCAGCACCCCCGUUAUGGAUUCAACGCAAUCGGCCAUGAUGAAGCAGGCGGACUACGUCGUAGAUGUUGUGCUGCCAACGGUCCUAAUUGCUUUGUUGUUUGUCGGCAACGCAAUCAUAGUUUAUAUCAUCUUCCAGUAUAGAAAGAGAAAAGUUCUAAACACAACACAGGAUGAAGAGAUGACUCUUCGAAGUCCGCCCGACGUGCCCCAAGUGUGAUUCCGGAAGCCUCUGGUGUAAUCGCGCACGUGGCCGCCGAAAUCACACACGGCCGACAAAUCAUCUUCGGUGUCCACGUGGAAAAAAAAUUCGGAAGUCAUCAUCCCGAAGAUGCCGCGGAAUCGAUUUCCGAAGAACGUCGAAGUUGUAAUUGCGAUUCGCGCAAUUAACCCCGAAAAAGAACUUUGAAGAAGAAACUUUUCGUGUGACGUUCUAUUUUCAGCGGCAAAACGUGGCUGAUCGAUUCAAACAUUUUGUUUUUGUAUUAUUUUUACACAAAUCAAAGUUCAUGAAAGUUCAGAUGACUUUGUAUUUGACAUUGAGAGGAGAACGAGAGAGAUUCAUUUUCCUCUCAUUUGAGUGUUCAAUCGAUCGUCUCACAAGCAAGUGUCAAUCUUUAAAUAUCGUAUAUUUUCCGAGAUUCAAUGUCAAGACGGACAGCCAUUUUUAGAACGAAAUACGUUGCCAAAACGAAUCUAGGAACAAAAAAAAAAAAAAAAAAAAAAAAAAAA